UUUGUUUAAUAACCUUAUGGCAUCUAAAUGACAGUUUCUAUUUCUUCUUAAUUUGUAUUAAAAAUGAAGAUACCAUAUACAAUAAACAAAAACACCCUUGAGGCUUAUAAACCAUCCGCUCAAACUAAAGAGCUCCUCAGCGAGCAGCUGAGAAAAGUCAUCGCAGAAAACUUUGAGUGGGACAAAGAUCAAUGUCCUUCACUAGAAGAAUUUUGCAUCUCAACUAUUGCAAAAUAUUUCCAAGAAAAGCCGCUUAUCGAUGAAUUGCCUGGACAUGAUUGGGUGCUACUAUUAGACGAACUCGCUCUUGACCUACCAUUGGAGUUUGCUAUUCCGGUUAUUUUCGAUGAAUAUUAUUGGGAGAAGCGGUUUAAGAAAGUGUUUCGAUUUUGUUGGAGGAAAAAGUUGCCAAAUUGGACUUGGAAAGGCAUUUACUUGGAAAGACACUGCCAGAAGUUGAUUGAGGAGGGCGAGCCGCAGUACAAUGAUGAGGAAUCUUUCGGAGAGAUUUUAGAUUUGUGCAACCCGUACGUCACCAGACUAUAUAUAGAACAACUCCAGACUUGGAAACCACCGCUAACGAUGGCCCGUGAGGACAUUCCCGAAGUCUGGCCGAUAGAACACCUCAACAUGAUCCCGAUUUUCAAGAAACUCCAAAACAUCCAAGAGCUGGACAUAACGUUUGGCAUGAAAAACGUCGGGGAGGAUUUCACGUGGGAUAUGUUCGAAGUGUCUCAUGCAGACGUACAAAAGUUAAGCAAAGCGAUUUUGGAACUGCAAAGUUUGAAAAUUUUAAGGAUCCAUCGAAGCAAUUUGGAUUUUAAGCAUUGUCAGAUCUUGAUAAGGACUUUGGUGAAAUGCUUUACGGUCGAAGUUUUAGAUUUAUCUCACUGUCAGAUUGGUGAUACUGGAGCGAUGUGUAUAGGUUAUCUUUUGAAAGAAGGUACCAAUCUUAAAGUGUUAAAUCUGACUGAUAAUAAAAUAGGGAAAAUUGGUGCGGAGGCUUUGGGAUUUGGAAUACUGCAAGGCAAAUGUGGAUACCUCAACGACCUUAACCUGAGACUAAAUCCCUUAAAAACUGAAGGAGCCAUGGGGAUUAUGAGAUGUCUAGUGCGUUCAGGUACUCCAAAGAGAAUAUCGAUGGCCGCGUGUAUGUUUGAAGAAGAUACACCUCUUAAAGUAUGCCAAAUGUUAAAACUCAAUGACACACUUAAGAAACUCGAUAUUAGCUCGAAUUAUUUUGGGGAAGAAUGUGGAGAUUAUUUGGUAGAAGCGGUCAGUUUAAAUACUUGCAUAGAGUGGAUAGAUUGCAGGGAAAUCGAUAUAAAUCAGAGUCAAAAAGAACAAAUUGACGAGUUUUUAUUACGGAACAGGAAAGCUGCUCAGCUCGAGGCUAAGAUUAAUCGAUUGGAGAACGAUGAAGCUGAAAUUGAGGUCGAGGAGAAUAAUUUUGAGUUUCCACUGUCAAUAUAAUCUUUAUGAAAUUAAAUUUUUCUUACGUAACUAUGCACUCUA